AUGUCCUCAAUCCCGCUCUACAUCGCCGUAACGCACGGCGACGGCGUCUUCAAACAUUGGGGCCUCUUCAUCGACGACAAAAACCAGACAGACAAAAUCGUCCUCCAAGUAAAAGGCUCAGACGGCAGAUUCCGCUACGAAGCCGAAACAAAAGACGCUCGAAAUUCGCCUGACCUCAUCCAAUUGAUUUACCUCUGCAACGUGGACCUGCCGAAGGCUAAUUCCAUCAAGGCCAUCGCGGGCCGAGUCGAGGUGCACAAUGAUAUUUCGGGCUGGAAUUGUCAGGACUAUGUACUUGAUCUGAUGGACGAGUUAGAGGAGAAGGGCGUUCUGGAUGGGCUGGAUGCUAGGUAUAGGACGCAGAUGGAUUAUAUCAGGGGAAUGCAGGAAGGGUUGGCUUGA